UCCCCAUCUCUCAAUAGUCAACACACACACCUCUCCUCUCCUUUCCCUGUCCCUCUCAAUGCACACACAUUUACUACAGCAGACGUACACAGCGAAUACAGAGGAGCGACAGACAGAACAGCACAAGGAAGGAAAGGAAGGAAGCUGAGCAGAGCAUUUGCAAAGCAUAAUGGCUCCAUACUAGCCAGAGAGAGAGAGAGAGAGAGAGAGAGAGAGUUUCCAAGGAAGAGGAGGACCCGAGGAAGAAGAAGAAGCCAGCCAGCAGCAGGGGAAGCAGGGAGCUGACACCAACCCACCACCAUCAAUGGUGGAGCCACAGCCACCUCCAGUAGCAGCUACUGUACCUGUACGGGGCCUCAAAUGCCGCGGUGGCGACGCUGCCGCGGAGCCGGCUAUGGCGGGGACCCCGAAUCGGGGCCAAGAACGGGGUGGGGAGGAGGGGGAGGAGGAGGAGAAGGCGGUGCUGCGGCGAGGGCUCGCGGCGGCACGGGCGAGGAGGAAGGCAGGGCCGAUCACGCCGUCCCCGUCGUGGAAGCUGGAGGCCUCGCCGCCGCGGCCGGAGGAGCCGGUGGCGGAUUCCUCCGCGGCCGCCGCGGCGGCGGGGGCGAUGGGGAGGAGGAGCUCGGCCGUCGCGGCCUCCGCGCGGCAGCUGGGCGCCACGCUGUGGGAGAUCCGGGACGUCAUCAAGGUCGCCGGCGCCGGGCGACGGAUCCGGCGGCGCGGGCGGAGGGGUGGCGUCGCCGGCGACGACGACGAGGCGGAUCGGCCACAGAGUUCAUGUGGUGGUGGUGAGCAUCUCUCAACAUCAUUGAUGGAACAUGACAAAUUACAUGGAGAGAGAUGUCAUGCAAGGCAGUCUCUUUCGCCUGCAAGUUACACUAGCUCAAUUGGGGCUGCUACCAUCAACAUUGUCAGUCCUACUCGAUCGCUGGAUCGCAGGGCUAGAUUUAGGGAAGCAGGUAGCCAGCUUAAAACGUCAACGGAACUAUUAAAAGUUCUAAAUCGGAUUUGGAGCUUGGAAGAACAGCAUGCGGCUGAUGUGUUAGCAAUGAAGGGAUUGAAAUCAGAAUUGCAACAUGCUCAUGCACGAGUUCAAGAGCUUUUGCAAGAGAGGCGGAGGUAUCACUAUGAAAUCGAUUCGCUGGUAAGACAAGUAUCUGAAGAUAAAAUGACCCAGAAAAGCAAGGAUCAAGAGAAGGUCAAAGCAGCCCUUAGAUCACUGCAAGAGGAAAUUGAAGACGAGAGACAUCUGAGAAAACAUUCUGAGAGUCUCCACAGGAAGCUAAAAAAGGAACUGUCUGAGAUGAAAUCAGCAUUUGUUAAGGCUGUAAAGGAUCUGGAGAAAGAGAAGAAAGCAACUCACCUAUUAGAAAAUCUCUGUGAUGAAUUUGCAUUUGGAAUAAGAAACUAUGAAGAAGAAGUAAGGUUGUUAAAGCAAAAGCAUAUAAAGCAGUAUGAACACAAGUUUGAUAAGUCAGUAGUCCAUAUUUCAGAAGCAUGGCUUGAUGAGCGUAUGCAGAUGCAAAAUGCUGAUCCCAAGGCAACUUUGGCAGAAAGAAUCUCAAUCACCGAGAGGCUUAGCAGUGAAAUCCAUAGUUUUCUUAAUACCAGGAGGUCAAGUAAACCCAAGGAUGAUAAAUUAUACAUCAGCAAUGAAAAGCAAGAUGCAAGCUUGUGCCGGCAAUCCCUUGAGUCCGUUCAUUUGCAUGGAGCCACUAGUGCUCCUCGGUUAGCUGAAGAUGACAAUGACAAUUCUGUUGCAAGCGACUUGCAUUGCUUUGAACUGAGCAUGCAUGGUCACACCAUUCAGAAUAAUGACCUUAUAGGAACUCGGCAGAGGGUCACAAGCUGCAUGUACUCACCAAUGAGAAGGCUUGAAUUUUCCAAUGGCAUACCCGUUGAAGGUUCAAGAAUCUCAACCAUGUCACCUUGUUCAAUGAAAGACAAGGCAAGGCCUAAUGGCAUCAGAGAACAACUUAAUGCUUCAACACCAGAAAUUAGCCCAUGCAACGAUGCCAAAAAUGCUCCAAGAUGUGCGCAGGAUGAAACUGUCAUGACUCAAGUCUCUCAAAGAUUGCAUGAUGACCUGUUGAAGAUCAAAUCAGAGGCUCCUCAGCAUGCGUAUCUCGGGCAAAAAUCCAAUGAUCAUCACUCCAGGGCAGGUCAAUUCCGUGAUCAAUGUACCACCUCAGGAAAUGUAUACGAUCUUUGCAGCCCAGCUCGUCAGCUCAAUCAGCGUUCAUCGUUGGAUCAUGAGAUAACCGAGGCUUCACCGACGCAUCCGUUAGAGGGGAAGAGCACAACCCUGAAAGCAAAACUACUGCAGGCAAGGCUGGAGGGGCAGCACGCCCGGAUGAGAGCAUCAGGGUAUUCCCUAACCAGCACAAGAAGGAAAUGAGAAGUGAGCUGAUACACUGAGUUCUGAUUGUGUCUGUUUCUUGCAAGAUCGUGUUGCAAUUUUAAGAGAUCUGACUUCUAGCUAUGGCACAUAUCCCUUGCAACCUUCUAGGCGUUCAUGUAACUAUCUCAUUGCAGAAUAUGUGAAUUCUAGCGGCAUCCUUUUUCUUGUUGUAGAUUAUAUAUUUUAUCUGUGGACUGUCAGAGAUAGAUUCUGGUAAUCGCAUAUUGUAAUUUUUGUACAGUAUGAACGUCUAGCUAUUGCUUUUUUUGCCAUCGUAACUCCUAAGAAAGUUUCAUUUAGAGUUUCUAUGCAUUAGUCUCAACUGUUUGUACGGUUGUACCAUGGGCCGUAUUUGGAGAAGCAGAGAAGAAAGUUUUUUUU